UGGCGUAAGCAUGGAUAUUACAGAAAUCCGUCAGGCCGAAAUCGAUCUCCACAACCAAGAGAAGGAGAACGCGAAGCUCAUAGCGAACGCCUUGGCCGCCAAGGAGGCAAGCAAGAUGAAGAGCCAGUUUUUGGCCAACAUGUCUCAUGAGAUUCGCACUCCGAUUGCGGGCGUCAUCGGCAUGAGCGAUCUCUUACUCGACACGGACCUCGAUCAGGAGCAACAAGACUGCGCGGAGAACAUCCAGCGUUCGGCGAACGGCCUUCUCACUGUCAUCAACGACAUUCUGGACCUCUCCAAGGUCGAAUCGGGACGCCUGGAUGUCGAAGAAGUCCAAUUCAGCCUCUCCGUAGUCCUCCGGGAUGUGAGUAAGAUGAUGGCUUUUGCUGCAUUAAGAAAGAAUAUCGCCUAUGAAAGCCAUUUCGAAAAGGACAUUGAGAAGGAUUUGAAGGUCAUGGGUGAUCCCGGCCGCCUACGCCAAAUCUUGACGAAUCUGCUCACGAAUUCGAUCAAGUUCACGAGUGAGGGUCGAGUCAGCCUAUCGGCGUCGAUAAUUAAGCAGGAUGAUGACACAGUUCAUGUUCGCUUUGUUGUCGAAGACACGGGCAUCGGGAUCGAGGACGAAGUACGGCAAAAGCUGUUUAAGCCUUUCAGCCAAGCAGACUCCUCUACAGCUCGUCGCUUUGGCGGCACAGGGUUAGGGUUGGCAAUCAGCAAGAACCUUGUCGAACUCAUGCAUGGGGAGAUCGACCUCGAGUCAAAGCUGGGGCAUGGCACCAAGGCUUGUUUCCGGAUACCAUUUAGCAGGGCACAAUACCGGGGCCCAGGCUCUCCGCUGAUGGAUAUUAGUUCAAUCCCCGAUCGGCUACAGUCCGACAUGUCUGUGUCAUGCGGAAGCUCAGAGGAGCUCGGCACGCCGCCGCUUACGCCGAGUUUCCCUCCAAAUGGCAAGACGGGAGCCCGUCAUGUCAGGGGCUCUUCGGCCACCCCGAGCAACAUCACCAUCAACCACUCCCUUCCGGACUCGUUGAUGACUCUCUCUGAAACAGAGAGACAGAAAGUGCACGUCUUGGUCGUCGAGGAUAACCAAGUCAACCAGCAGAUCGCGCUCAAAACGAUCAAGAAGCAGGGUUUCUCGGUAAACGCGGUCUGGAACGGCAAAGAGGCUUUGGAUUACUUGCUUGAAAGCGAUGGCGAAAGUCACCCCCACCCGGACAUCAUCCUUAUGGAUGUGCAAAUGCCAAUUAUGGACGGGUACAAAGCCACGCACACAAUCAGGUCCGAAGAGCCUUUUAGGAACAGGCCAGAGAUACGCGACAUUCCCAUUGUCGCCAUGACGGCGUCGGCGAUUCAAGGAGACAAGGAAAAAUGCCAGGAAGCUGGAAUGGAUGACUACCUCUCUAAGCCUGUUCGAGGCAAUUUAUUGGAAAAAAUGCUCGUAAAGUGGGCAAUUGAGAGGAAGCGGAAGCAGCAAAAAAUGGCCGAGGGCAAGGAAGACAAAAAUUGGAAGGCCGGCGAGCGACGGUCAUCUGCAGUCUCGGCCGAUGGUGCCAGCACCAUCAAAGCCGGGUCUGUCGGCCGCAAUAGUCCCAAGCCCGAGGGACAUACGUCGCCAUCGUCAUCGCCGCAAGCAAAGCGGUCACGGCCGCCCGCCUCACGCAAUACGUCUUUUGGCAAAGACGACGACAAAGCGCAGCGACCUCGCGUACUCGACCGCCUAUCGUACCAAGACGAGAUAUCGGUGGAUAAGUCGACGGAGUCCGCCGACGAGCGAGUGUCACGGCGCGUGCGCGACGAGGAGAGAGCCGCCAACCUCCGCGACCACAAGUUGAUGUUUAGCUCGGGCGACAGAGCGGCGCGGCGUGGCUCAAGCGACAACGCCGAAGCCGACGACCGUAAGGGCGCGCCCAGUCACUCGCUCACGGAGGCGAACAUAGGCCGCCUCGCCGAGGAACAGCACACGAAACAGCCACGCGCUACGCAUGAGAAGAGCGAUAGCAUGGCGGCGCGGAAGGCGAGCGGUGCGAGCGAUGAUGAGAGCCGGGUUCCGGAGUCGAUGCUGGAGCUGCGUUCACAGUCGCAGUCUGUAGACGAAAGCGAAAAAAUAAAUUAAGGUUGAUGGUUAUGGCCAGAGAAAGGACGCCGGACCUCAACCGCCGGCGGCGACAACGAUAUUGACGACGACGACUACGACCGACGACCUCAUACGAUGACACUUCUUGUGGUUCCGUUCCUCUUCUCAUCAUCUUCAUAAUCACCUUGGUCUUCAUUCCUGUCAUCCUCGUUUGCG